ACCGUCAGAUCAAUUCCUUUUAAACAAUCGACGGUCCAUAUUUCUCUGUCCGCAUUGUGAUAUUCGCAGCAAUAACUAUCCGAAAAGAUGUGCGGUCGCAAAUUCUCCAUCCAAAACCAAAUGAAGAGCAGAGCAUCUCCGGCGAUUUCACCCGCGUUCUCCGCCUGAGCUGUCUCAUGCCAUCCAUGGAGCUUCCUUUGAUUUAUUCUUCUACCUUCAGACUAGGCUCAACCUCUUCUUCUUCGUCUUCUUCCUCGUCCUGGUGUGCCGGACGCAGUGUCGUCAGCAGUAGCAGAAGUUCUAAGAUUUUCGAUAUCCCAGCGAGCUCGAGGUACAGAUUACGUCGGUGGAGGAAGUUUAGUAAGAUUCUACGCUUCAAUGGAGUUGAGAUAGAGCGAUCUUUCUGCGUGAUGGCCUCGUCCGCCGGACAGAGCAGCGGCGAAGUGAUCGAUGAGGGAGAUGGAGGCGCGGCGCACGGGUUGGCCAGACCGGCUGAUGAGGUCACCUCCGUCGGUGGAUUUGGAGGCGGCUCAGCCGUUGACUUUACGGUUUGGGAUAAGAUUGGCGCCGUGGUUAGGCUGAGCUAUGGAAUUGGAAUAUACUGUGGAAUGGCUCUAGCGGGUAGAUUCAUAUGCGAUAUCGCCGGAAUCGAUUCGAUGGGAGGUUUCAAUCCGUCGCUAGAUGCCAUUAUAGCUGGGCUUGGCUACGCAUCUCCUCCGAUCAUGGCACUCCUCUUCAUUCUUGACGAUGACGUUGUGAAACUGUCGCCUCAUGCUCGAGCGAUAAGAGAUGUGGAAGAUGAGGAGCUUCGGAGCUUCUUCCAUGGAAUGUCAGCUUGGCAGUUUAUACUUGUAGUUGCCGCGAGUUCAGUUGGAGAAGAGCUCUUCUAUCGUGCCGCAGUUCAGGGCGCAUUGGCUGAUGCAUUCGUAAGGGGCACACAUCUUAUCUCCGAUUCUCGGGGAAUGGUGUCUCUGACUGGAUUAUUGCCUCCCUUUGUGCCGUUUGCUCAAGCAUUUGCAUCCGCUGUCACGGCCGCUCUCACGGGUUCUCUCUAUUAUAUAGCUGCAUCCCCUAAAGAUCCAACGUACGUCAUGGCUCCGGUCUUGAAGUCACGCUCUGGUCGUGACGAGCUGAAAAAGUUGUUUGCAGCCUGGUAUGAGCGAAAACAGAUGAAGAAGAUCUACUCUCCUCUUCUCGAGGGGCUUCUGGCUCUGUACCUCGGGUUUGAGUGGAUUCAGACAAACAAUAUUCUCGCACCAAUUAUCACGCAUGGGAUAUACUCGGCAGUCGUAUUGGGAAACGGCCUCUGGAAGAUACACUACCAUCGGCAAAGAUUUCGGCAACGGGUACGGCAGCUUGAAACCGAAGGUAACAGCUCAAGAUAAAACCAUGCAGUAUAUCAUCCCUUGUUAAGUUUUGUAUAUCAUCCCUGUAAGAAGCCUCCAUUCACCUGUAUAACACAUACGAGGAUCUAGCCCAAAGAACAAAAGGUAGAAGCAAAGAUUUGUAUAGAAUCAUGAUAAUCAGUAUAUAAGCUAUGAGAAUUCUCAGACA